CGGAAGUACGGAGGUCGGAGGUGUUUUUGACGGCGGCGGUCGGAUCCUCGCAGGUAAACUCGGUUCUGAAGAGGAUUCUUUUGAUUUAAAUGUAAAUGAAAUGUAGUCUGGACUCCACCGAGGCUCCUGCUUCGUAACCGGAGGAUUUCGAAGCUGCAGACCAGAAGAACAUGGCGUCCUGCUGCUUGUAGCAUUGGUGCAGCAGCUUCAGGAUGCAGAUCCUGGCGGCCAAGCUGCUCGGCAUGCUGGGAUUGUUCGGCCUGGUCCUGGCCGGCGUUCUGGUCCCGGUGCGCCUCCUGCUGGCCGACCACGACAAGGCGCAUCGCUACCGGCGGCCGCUGUCUCUGGGCAACUCGUUUGGAGGAGGCGUGUUCCUCGCCACCUGCUUCAAUGCUCUGCUUCCAGCCGUCAGAGACAAGGUGACGGUCGUGUUCCAGCAGCUGCAGAUCAGCAGCGAUUAUCCUCUGGCGGAGACGAUGAUGAUGCUGGGCUUCUUCCUCACGGUCUUCGUGGAGCAGAGCGUCCUCACCUUCAGGAAGGAGACGCCGUCCUUCAUCAACCUGGAGACCUUCAACGCCGGUGGCUCUGAGGCCGGCAGCGACUCUGAGUACGACACGCCGUUCAUCUCGCCCGGCGGCGUCCAGCGUUCCCACGGACACCAGCACGGACACUUCAGCCCGGCGGAGCUGGCGGGGGCGGGACCCCUGCGUCUGGUCAGCCUGGUCCUGGCGCUGUCGGCGCACUCGGUGUUCGAGGGCCUGGCGCUCGGCCUCCAGGACGACGGCGCCAAGCUGGGAGGGCUGUUCCUGGGCGUGGCCGUGCACGAGACUCUGGCCGCCGUCGCCCUCGGCGUGAGCGUGGCCAAGGCGUCGCUGGGCCUCAGGGACGCCGCCAAGCUGGGCGUGGCCGUGAGCCUGAUGAUCCCGCUGGGCGUGGCCGUGGGGAUGGGCGUGGAGUCGGCGCAGACGCUGGCGGGCAGCGUGGCGUCGGUGGUGCUGCAGGGUCUCGCCGCCGGGACCUUCCUCUUCGUCACCUUCUUUGAGAUCUUGUCCCGGGAGCUGGACGACAAACAGGACCGGCUGCUCAAAGUCCUCUUCCUCAUCCUCGGCUACGCAGUCCUCGCCGCCCUCGUCUUCAUCAAGUGGUGACAGGACAGGAAGCGCCGGCCAAAACUUAUUUAUUUACAGGAAAACUUUAUUUAAACGUAACUCCUGGACGGCAGAGGGUUCAUAAAUGUGUCUGUUGUAGUUUGUUAAAAGCUGAAAUAUUAACUUUAAAUGUUUUCUCAUUUGUUUUUAUAAAAACUUCCGUUUGUGUAAAUCCUGCUGAUUCUUCUUUAAAGUCUCUGAACAGAAAAUAUGUUUUAAUAUUAAGAAUCCUUUCACAUUAGAAAUAAAGACUUGAGUAAGAA